CAACUCGAAAUCAAAACGAGUCCCUCGAGAGAGCUUCGCAAUCGGAAAAAUGGAGAAAGAGAGAGAAAUCGAAGAAGCGGAGAGAAAGGCAACACUUAAAGCUGCAGGAGCAGAGUCUCUACCACAAGGAAGGAAUGGAGUCAAAAUUCAUGGUUGGGAGAUUGAAUCAAAGAACCGAUCCAUUCUUUCUUCUUUGACCUAUGAACAAUGGGGAGAAAAACUGAAGACAUCACAUUUACCAGAGAUGGUAUUUGGAGAAAGCAGUUUAGUAUUAAGGCAUUUACAAAGUGGUAUUAAAAUCUAUUUCAAUGCAUUUGAUGCUUUGGUUGGUUGGAAAAAAGAAGGUUUGCCUCCUGUUGAAGUUCCUGCUGCUGCCAAAUGGAAAUUCAGAAGCAAACUUUUUCAGCAGGUCAUAUUUGAUUAUGACUAUACCUUUACUACUCCAUACUUUGGAAGUGAAACAGUUGAAAAGAAUACAGAGCAGGGGGAAGGGAACAUCUUAGAUCAGGAAAACUGUAAUUUAGAAUGGGAGGAUUCAGAGGAGAAAAUCGACAUUGUUGCACUGGCAUCAAAAGAUCCUAUUCUUUUCUAUGAUGAGGCCAUUUUAUAUGAAGAUGAACUAGCAGACAAUGGAGUGUCGCUCUUAACUGUAAAAGUGAGAGUCAUGCCGAGUUGUUGGUUUCUUCUACUUCGUUUCUGGCUUCGAGUUGAUGGAGUACUUAUGAGAUUAAGGGACACCAGAAUGUAUUGUAGCUUUGAGAAAAAUGCUAACCCUUUCAUUCUUCGGGAGAGCUGCUGGAGAGAAGCUACAUUUCAAUCUCUAUCUGCCAAAGGAUAUCCUUCUGAUUCUGCAGCUUAUAGUGAUCCAAAUCUCAUCAGUCAUAGGCUUCCCGUCGUGAUGCAAAAGACGCAAAAGCUUAAACUCCCCGGGGCCUAGAGAACUGGCAAUAAUGGAGUUAAAAGCAGGCAAAUUGAGGUGGAUUGUUUUAUUUUAUUGCUUUUGUUUUUUCAUUGGCUUUCCUUUAAACAAGAGUAUCUAUCUGGGUGUCUUCAUGAGGGUCUCUUAGUCUCUGCUUUCGUUCCUUGGGUUUUUCCCAAGAGUAGUGGGCAUUGCAUAUGUACAGUAGGAUAAGUGCAUGAGAACCACUUGUUUAUGUCUAUUCUUAGAAUCUUCUUGUUUUUAUUAACCAAAAUUUGAGAAGUCAAGAAGAGAGCUCAGUUCCCCAAGAAGGGUGCUUGUCUUCUCUCUUUACAUUAUGAGCAUAAUAAUAUUACUUUCAGUUUUAUU